AGUGUCAUGCAGCUCAAACCGCCCGCUGCUCCUGUUCAUUUCCUCUGCUUAUGUUGUGGUUGACACACGAUGAGAACUCUCGCUGGUGACAAUACAGACAGACUCAAGGUUAACACAACACAUGGUUGAAUUCUUGUAAGGUUGUGGCAUUUUUUGGUAAAUCAGAAUAAAGACAGAAUAAACACAGAACAGAACGGUUCCAGCUGGCCUCGGAUCAUCAUCAGUCACUCAUCAAACUGGUGUUCAUCAGAAAACAAAAGGCUGGAGUGAUGUUCUUUAAUCAAAAUCACCCUUGUUGAGCAGAAGACACAAUGUCGGCUAAUUCCACCACUGGAGACCGGACUGCCACAGGUCGGUCCUUGGACCCGCUUGUCUGCAUCCUCACAGGGGCCCUCUCCUUCACCGUCCUGGUGUUCACACUGCUGGGGGUCGUGUGUCUCAGAAAAUAUCGUUCUUUGGUGCAGACCAUUCGAGAGCUGCAGCGCAGCAAGUUGUUGCUAGAUGCUGUUCCUCGGCUGGAAGCUCCCCUCAUGCCUGUGAAACCAGGUCCAGCAGUGGGGAAGGAGGAGGAGGAGGAGGAGGAGGAGGAGGAGGUACAGCUUCCUCCCCAAAUUCCCCUAAAGCAGAGCAGCACCGUCAGGCCCUCCUCCAGGAGGCUGUGGAAAGGCCUGCAGCAGGGUCCCCAUGUUACCAAGUCAGACUUGAACCUGCUGCAGCUGAUUAAAGCAGGGAAGGAGGGCGUCUUCUACCAGGCCAGGAUGACCAGAGGGACGUGUAAGGGCCACAACAUGUUCACCUGCAAGAUCACCAAGGAAGGUGUCCGUCCUAAGCAUGUGGACACAGAGGUUUCCAUCAUGAAGAAACUGGUGCACCACAAGAACAUCCUCCAGUUACUGGACUGGAACACCACUGAGGAGCCUUACAUUCUGAUCAUGGAGUAUGUGAGCUCCGGCACUUUGAGGACCUUCCUGCGGACCAACAGAGCCAGCCUGAGUACAGACCCUGAGCUGCAGAGCCUCCUCACCAUUGCCUCCUACCACAUCGCUCUGGCCAUGCAGCACCUGCGCUCCAAAAUGAUUGUGCACGGUGACUUGGCUCUGAGGAAUAUCAUGGUCAAUAAGUUUCCCUGGGAGGUGAAAGUGGCGGAGUUUGGCCUCGCCCGAGACUUUACACGCAUGACAAGCCGCCGCAGCAGCCGCUGGAGAAACCCACAGCAGCGUGUGCCGCUGCGCUGGUACCCACCUGAGUACUUCAAGAACAACUACUACAGCUUCAAGGGAGAUGUUUGGGCAUUUGGCAUCGUGCUGUGGGAGAUGCAGACAUUUGGAACACUGCCAUACCCCAACCUUGAGACAUCCGAGGCAGUGGUGUACCACAUCUGUAUCGGUCAUAAGAACACAAACCCUGACGGCUGCAGACCAGAGCUACUUCAUAUUAUGCGAGACUGUUGGCUGGAGCCGUACCCUCUGAGACCCUCAUUCACAGACAUUGUCCGCAUGCUGGAGAACAUCAUGGAAAAUGAUGCGGAUUACGUGGAUGUUGAGAGUCCACUGCGUUUGGUGAAAGACGAGGCUGAAUAAAUAUCUACGAGCAGCCAGUGUCACCUUUGAAGAGACAAAUCCCAACUAAACGCCAAGAAAUCAAAUAACAGUUAAAUGUAUUACUUUUUUUUAAUUUAAUCUAUACACAUCAUUUUUUUGAGAUUACAUUUAUCUGCUUGGGUCAGCCUUUAAAGAGCUGAAAUAUGCCAUAACUAUAAGAUGGUUACACAUAAACAACUCAACAGAAAAACAGAUGUACUCAUA